GAUCCGUUUUGUAAUACCGGUAAUUUCACCGUCGCGAAGGUAUAAAUCUGUCGUCCUCUUGUGUGCUUGUUUGCGAUAUAAUCUCCAAAAGAGCAAGAACWUUAGUUCUUUUAAAAGACAGAAGUCCAAAUGGGUUUAUUUUGGUCACGUUUGCUUUCGUUGAUGUCAGGAAGUCAGCAUGUUCGUAUAUUGAUGCUUGGUUUAGACUCAGCUGGAAAAACAACCAUUUUGUACAAGUUAAAACUCAAGGAAACUGUCCAUACAGUGCCCACUGUUGCCUUUAAUGUUGAGACAAUUUCAUUCGGAAAAAACUUGACUCUAAACGUCUGGGAUAUUGGAGGACAAGACAAAAUUCGACGUCUAUGGAGACACUACUUUCAAGGUGCCGAGGGGUUAGUAUUUGUUGUCGAUAGCUCGGAUGUUGAACGCGUUUACGAAUCGCGGGAAGAACUAGAUCGCGUGUUGCAACAUUCUGAACUGAGUGGGGUUCCUGUUGUCGUUCUGGCAAACAAACAGGAUWUAUCAAACGCUAUCAGACCUGAAAAAAUGGUAGACCAACUGAAUCUUAACAAAUUCACAACCAGAAAUCCUUGGCAGAUUCAUGGAACUUGUGCUACGGCUGGCGAUGGCCUSUACGAGGCUAUGGGAACACUGACAAAGAUGGUUAAAGAAUACCAGCGAAAGUCAAAAUCUAAGUAGGAUAAGAUGUUAUGGAAGCCAUGAAAGUGCUAAAAGAGAGAAUGUUUAAUUACAGCCCCUUCCGUGUGGUUGAAUACAAAGUUGCGGGCAAGAAAAAUGGCGCCACAAACAAAUUUGAAGAUAUAAACAAGCUGUAAAUAUGUACAAGUCUAAUUGAAAGUGAAUAGUUUCAUACAUAACUAUAAACCACCAGAUUAUUGAMUGAAUUUUAUUCAGUGACGGUGUAAAAUGAAAUUUAUUUAUAGACAAAAGAUUCAUGCCUCUUAAUCUCUGUGUCCAUUCAKGUGUGAUUAAUAGACAAGCAACUAAUAAAUGUGCCGGCUGGUUUCUUGGUUUGAAAGCAUAGUUUUAAAUAUAGAUCUAAGGAUAUGCUUCGCUUUCGAAAGUAGCAAACUGCGAAGUUGAAAUGAACUUUUUAUAUUUUUACUUUUAAAAUUAUUUCCUUCCGGAUUGCGACACAGUCCGUCUUCCGAAGUGGAAUGUAAACAUCUCCCAAUUUUUAAAAUCUUCUCUGGACUUCCGAAUUGCUCAUUUUAAUUUGUUUAGUUUUUUUAUUUAUUAUAAUAAAAGUAAUUCCUGCUGUAUUCUUUCUCAAGUAUGUCAAUGCACAAUGUAAAGAUAGUAUGUUACGAUAGUUAUC